GUUUAAAUAUUUCAACAAAGGAAAUCUUCCCAAGAGUGACCCAAGUCCUGCUGACCUUACACGACCGGAUGGGAACCUUGAGUUAAACAUUGGGAAAAUAAACAUCGUCUUUUUGUAUCGAUUCAUAACGGAAUUGAUGCAAUUCGUUGAGCCUUUAACAAGUCCUCAGUCAACUCAGUACGUACAAGAAACAGCACAAAGGGCAGUUACAGAACAGGUGGAGUCCAUCCAUAGUCAAGGAACUCGCAUCGGCUUAAAAGUGGCCAUCAGUGCCCCUCUUGUGAUCAUUCCACGUCACUCUCGCUCAGCGGAUAUGCUUAUUGUUGAUCUUGGACAUUUGGAUCUUCAAAAUGAAUUUGAUGUUCUCCCUACAUCACUGAACGACGAGAACAAAGAGGCUGUAUUCGAUAUAAUGGAAUUGUCUCUUCAAUCGCUGCAACUAGCGAGAGGUGUGAUGGAUACAAGUUCGUCUUCGGUGAUCAAGCGACAUCUCAUUGAACCAAUAAAACUAGAGGCAAACAUCAAGCGUUCUCUAUUACCUUCUUGCAAUGAGAUUCCAAUCAUAGAUUGCUCAGCUACUCUGGACUUUGUCAAGAUGAAUCUGGGUCGACAAGAUUACCACGUUCUCACGACACUUUUUCAAGAAAAUAUGAAAGAAGCUGAAAGUGUGAUACUGGAAGACCAAACGAGACUUGAUCAAAGCUUGGCAGAGGAACAAGAGGAACGUAUUGACCCGUCUACUGUAACAAAUAUCUCAUCUGAACCUGGUGUACCCGAGGAGACUGCGAAAAAUGUGUGGGACAGAAUGGUGUUUUCAUUUGAUCUUGCUGGUGCUAGUCUUAUUCUGUACAACAAUGAGACUCCUUUGGACCCGUUUGAUACACAGUCGUCGGUCUGCGAUCCAGCUACAAAACUCUGUUUAUGUCAUGUGGAGGAAAGUGUAGUUACCGUGGUUUUGCCAAGUGACAGCUCUGUUCAAAUACACUGUGUACUUAAUGGCUGUGUUGUCGAGGAUGCCAGAGAAGGAACAAUUUCUGCUUUUCCUAGGUUAGUGGACAAAAAGAUGGCGACACACUCAGGAGUUCGAACAUCUUCAUCCUCUAAAGAAAUGUGUGACGUACUUUUCUGUCAGUUACCGUCAGGGGAGAUGAAAGUCCAAGUGUCCUUGCAAAACGCUACCAUUUUUGUCAACUUUCCUUUCUUGUUCAUUUUACUGGAGUUCAUCACCAUUCCGCCAUCCGACGUGAAUCAUCCUCGAGAGCCACAAGUCUCAGUAGUCAGUCAAACCUCUCUGGAUGCUUCAGGUGUUAGGGACCCAGAAACUCCCAGGGAGGGGAGGGAUGCACAGAUACACAGGACUGAAAGUGGAGAUGUCACUUCUACUGAUGCUCCUAGUCAAGUAGAUGCUGCAGCAUCGCCUACUCAAGAGACGCAGCUGAAAAUUGUUGUUCAUGGUGUAGUGGAAGAUCCAAACAUUGUCUUACUUUCUGACGCUACAAACAAAGAGAGCGAGGCGCUUAUUGUUCAGGCGAAAGUGAAGUUUGAUUAUACUUUGGAAGGAGUGAAGCAGAGUCUUUCAGCGGAUUUGAAAAAUCUCCAAAUGCAAGCUGCACAGUUUCCUGAUGUUAAAAGGACAUCUUAUAAGGUUUUGAACCCUUGUUCAUUGUCAUUUAAGUACUUGACACCGGCCUCGACUGAGGGUGGUCAAGACAUCUCUAUUACAUUAGAAGAAAUGGUGUUCGAAUUCUCUCCAGGUCUCUUCACUACUGUCAGUAACGUAGUUACAGCAUUAACAGGACAGCAAAAGGUCGAUGAAAGCGUUCAGACAGUGGGUGAUGAGGUGGUUAGCGCGCCAGCUGACUUGUGGGAGAGUAAACCGGCCUCUGCUGAGUAUUGGUAUAAGAAAAAAGCGAUUGAAGACGCCAAACCCAAGUUGGUGAUAAGGAGAGCGUCUGGUGAUAAGCUCAGCUUGACAAUUAAAGAAGUUCAACUGGUGUUGGUGAAUGAGGUUGAAGGUGCCCAUAUUCCUUUGCUGUUGAUUCGCUCAUGCGCGAAAGGCAAAGUGUUUGAUUGGUCUGCUCAGCUAAAAGUUGAAGCAGAUGUAGCGGCACAGGUUUGUUACUACAAUGAGUGUCUUGCUGUUUGGGAGCCACUGUUGGAGCCGGUUGUAGUCGAAGACCAGAAAACCAUGUGGGAAGUGCAACUGAAGUUUUUCCUUGCCGAUGGAUACGUUUCAAGUUUCUCCCCGAAAGAUUCAGAAUUGUGUGACGGUACCCCGCGAGAUGUUACGAAUGCUCAUCAAACUGGAGAUGCGACAGACUCUGGUCUGCGCUCUUUGGCUCAAAAGAGAUCUUCAUUCAGAAGGAAACGGCGUUUGUCUUCAGAACGGCGAACAUGGCCAAGAAGGAAACAAAAGCGUCGUCCACGAAUAACCGGCCCAGCAACUGACGAUGAAGGUGAUCUUGAUUUCAACGGGGCCUUGACUACGUUCAUCCAGUCCACUCAGACGGCAUUCAUGGACCCGUCUUUGGAGGUUGAGAGCGACAGUGCCAUAGAUGUGGUUGAUGCGCCGCAGGAUGGAGUCGGGGCUCCUUCCGCUGACCAUGAUGACAAGCCGACGCAAGCCAUGUACAUGGUCAUCAGUUCACAUGAUGUUAUGCAAUUGACCGUUACUUCUACAGCUGUAAAAAUUCUAUCUGAGCUGAGCGAGCUGUGGACGAUUGAUAGAACGAAGAAACUGAGAACAGUUCCUCUGGCAACCUUUGUCAUCCAUAACGAGCUUGGAAUCCAUGCGGCAGUGACAGUGAGCCAUAAGCUUCAGGUCUCAGAUACGGAACAGUUAACCGUACGUCAGAGAAUUCCGAAACUGCCAACCAUAGGGAAUUCUGGCCUUGCAGAUGUCGCCGUAGACCUGGCCAAUAAGACACAACGAUAUCCACGUGACGAUUUUGUGCGUUCAAUAACCGAGCCAGUAUUUAAUCGCCUCAGGGAGAAACUCUACAAAAUACGAAGGAAAAGAACCUCAUCUGAUCCGGUGACUCUCGAUGCCAUCAGGCAGCGUAAAUUGUCCCUUCAGGGUGCAGUUUCUUUCCAAAUCGGCCCAGAAGAAUUUAGGAAAAAACUUGCUUUAAGGAAGGGUCUUUCUCUUGAUUCAGUCAUGACGCAGACGGAUGGAAACACUGAUACCCAACAAACACGCACUGAAUUGUCCUCAGAGCGAGAUAAGGUCAAAGUUAGGAAGGAAAGCGAAGAGGAAACGUUAAAUGCUCUACCACACCUUGAAGAACGUGAAGGGGAAGACAGUCUUGCCGAAACGCAAGUGGGUCAUGCAAUUGCCAACAUCGGUUCUUUGGUUGGUGGGUUGCUUUCACCUCAUCAUGAAAGAAAAAACAAGGACAAGCGCAGAGGAAAGUUCGGCUCUGAUGAUGCUACGUACGAUGACAACAUUAUCUCUUUAACUGUGGAUGGGUUUUACCAUAUGAAUGUCAUCUCCGUUAGUCGCUCUGGAUCGUUCCUGCACGAGCUUUCUCCACGAGAUGCACCGUUGUGUGAGGCAAAACACAAGUGGUUUGUCGUUGUUCAAGUAGAUAUAAAACGCGGUCGUAAAACAGUCACUAUUAGGUCACCACUGCGGAUCCAAAACCACCUUCAUGUCCCAGUGGAUAUUUUCGUUAAGAGACGAGAUUCAUUAGAAUCGGGAGAAGACCAUCCUUUCAAACUCUUCAGCGUGGAAUCUGGUGGUGUGCAGAAUGUGCCUUUACAUACGGCUUACAACGAAGAGCUUUUCUUUAAACCUGGUGGUACUGAUUUUGAUAUCUCAUCUUCCUCGAUAUCGUGGAGAAAGUUUUCCACAGGAGAGCCGUCUCACGUAUUGUCUUGUUCGUCAACGAUAACUUCAGAGUCUUCCUCCCCUUUUUUCAUCAAGGCCCUUUGUUUAACAGACAGCUUGAACAAACUGCCAACUAGUGACGACUCUCCCCAUCAUGUGAUCCAUUUGUACCCUCCCUUAGUCGUGCAAAAUAAACUUCCAUUUGAGCUAGUCUUAUCAACAGAGGGGGGAGGUGGAGAAGGCAAAGUACUCAGUGCUGGUGAUAAAGUAACUUUUGUCAAUGUUUGUCCUGGAGAUGAUUGCAAAAUAACUGUUACGCUUAAAGAUUACGGAGAAGCCAAUUGGGUUGGAGAUAUCUUUGUGAAGAAACAACGACACAAAUCCCGUCAAUUACUUAUGCGUUCACAGAUAGACACCUCCAAAGAAUUGUCGCUUGGAGUGAAAUCGAUGCCCCAACAAGGGACAAGAGAGCUGUUGAUCUACUCUCCCUUCUGGCUCAUCAACAAGACUGGACUCCAUGUGGAGUACAGGGUCUCAAGAUGUGAACAAGUUUAUCGUCAGUCUGCUGUAGAACAACAUCCACUUCUUUUUAACUUCACUGAAAAAACCUAUAGAAAGGCCAAGAUCAGACUGCCUGGACAUCCAUGGUCGAACAAAUUUUCUCUGGACGCUGUUGGAGAUUCUGGAAAGGUAACAUGCAAAGGAAGUGACUCAAAAAGGUUUGAGUUUAUCCUACAAAUUGAAAUGUCCAGGACAGGGCUGACAAGGGUUGUGACGUUAACCCCGAAAUACGUCAUCAUUAACAACACGGAGAUUUCGUUCUCUUUUAUUGAAAAUAUAGACAGAAAGGCUUUGUGGUUUGUUGUGGAACCAGGAGAAAGCAAACCAUUUUGGCCCAAUGACAAGUCCAGUUCAAUCGUGUUGAAGCCAACAAUGUCAAAGUUCAUUUCGAAGCCUUUUAGUUUCGACUCAUCGCACACGACAGUUCUUCGGAUUCCGGAUUGGCAGGCUCUCACUGUCGACGUUCAUGGAGAGGUCGAAGAAGCCGUGACAACUGUAGUGGUGUCACCUUACUCGCCUGGAAUUGCAACAAUCAGGAUUGAAAAUCUGUGUGACGAUAUUCCGAUCCGGUUUCAUCAGAAAGGCUGUGGGCAGGUGACGUUGCUUGACUCUAAGCAGAUGAUCCUGUACACUUGGGAUGAUCCAUUAGGUGUAAGAAAACUGCUCUGGAAACCGUUCAAGGGCUUAGAUAAGCCAAUUGAGGCUCAAGUUGAUGAGGACAGCUUCGGCGAAAUUCGAAUGGAACUCGAUGAAAUCUCCCCACCAGUUAAAGAUGACCGAAAUCAGUUGGAAGACAGAGACAGCACGUGCGGAUUGUUUUGCGGCUCGUCAAAUGCUGUACCUGUAGGAAUAGAUGAGGCAGAGUGGGAUACUGUGGAUGGGCCGGUGGUACACAGGGUUAAGAAGACUAUCUACUGGGUGUCUGUCAUGGACGGACUGCAAAGGGUGCUGAUAUUUGCUGAUGAUGAAAAUCUUUCCUGUCUGGCUCGGAAGUGUUGUGACUCUGAAGUUGUUACUAUGGAGAUUUUCAUGUCACUGGAUGGUGUCGGUUUGUCACUGGUCAACAGCAAACCUGAUGAAGUUGCAUACAUAACCUUGUCCAGUUCAUCCUCAGUCUGGCAAGUAAAGGGAUCUUCUGGAAAAUGGAAGACCCUCAAUCUAGAGUUGUCAACUUGGUUAGAGGAUGCCUGGAGGAAUAACGCAGAGGAAAUCGCCUUGGAAGACAGGGAGGUGAACUUAAACUCAAUGACUAUGACUCGCCCGUAUAGCGGGGCCCUUCAAAGGUUGUUUGAACCUGCUUUGUGGUUAAAUUACUCCCGAUCAGAUCACUACCACAGUUUGCACUGCAGAAUGCAUCGAAUUCAGGUUGAUAAUCAGCAGUUCGGCACGGUUUUUCCAGUUGCUCUUUAUCCAUCACCGCUACCUUCUUCCAUCAUUCAGAGGACAGGACUGAAACCGUUCAUUGAAGUGUCAGUGAUUUAUCAUCACGUCCCUAAAGAAGGAAUGCACCACAUAAAGUACGCUAAGGCUUUGGUACAGGCUAUGAAUGUGAGAAUUGAUAAAGGAUUCAUUAUUUCUAUGGCAAGUUUUUUCAGUCAACAGAAGGAACUUCUAGAAGAGGAAAAUUAUUUCGAAGAAGACAUGAAACGAUGUGCCGUGCCUUUGAGGGAAACCAAAGCAGUAAAAGUUUGUAUCGGCUGACAAUUUUCCUGUGUUAAUAAUGUAAACAAUUUUAAAAGUCUAGUGGGUUGGUAGAACUCUUAGGGCCGGUUAUUUACACGAGGUUUAACCCCUACCGCGGUCUUACACAAGCAGUGGUCCUCAUGGAUUUCCCAUAAGAUGUCCUUCCACUAUGAGCUUUCGGCCCUCUUAAAUCUGUUCAAAAAACAAAAUGUUUAGAUUAAAGGUUCAGCUAAAUUGAAGAUGACUUAGAA